AGGAGUUAAGGCUUAAUUUGAAAUGUAACUUAAAGUGCAAUAGUACAAACCAGUCCAUUUAUAAUGCUAGUUUGUGUGAAGCGGAGGGAGUCAUCGGUCUUACUCCUAAACCACCAUGUGCGCUCGUAGCUUGCGGCAACACUAUCCUUUCAAACUGGGGUGCGAAUGCUAUCGCCAUAAAGCAACAGUUUUCAUCUAUCCACUUCCACCCAGUAGAUAAUCUUUCCCAUCACCUUGACAAUCUAUGUUUAACGAAAGACUUCAAGGCGACUGUAUCCCUUAGUUAUACACAACCUGAGGUUAAUCUUGAAUAUCUCUCCUCAAUUCCUACCAAUUGUUCUGAAAUCACAAUUAAGGCCACCUAUAAGCCGUGCCCAUUAAUAGUAGGCCUAGGGGAUUGCACUAAACAGUACAAAGACAUAAAAUUGCUGAUUAGUUGGGACAAUCUUCAACAGCAGAGCCGUAUCUCUAAUGAUAAAUUCCAUGUCCACACUAUUAUGGCCUCAGACAACGCUUACCUUUAUCUAGAAAGCUUUUCUUGGUAUGAACCACCAAACGACAUUGAGUAUCGUAUCUUUGCUGACAAAAUUGUUAUUCCGGCAGAUCCUAUUUUUCCUUGUGGAUUUUCUGGAUCCUCUAUCUAUGAUCACAUAAAAGAUACUUGUGCUAAAUCUGAUGUAUCAGUUGAAACAGCCGAGAUCUGCUAUAAAAAGGGCCGAGAGGACUUUUCUAAGACUCUAAACCUACUUUGUAUGCUUGGUGCCUUGCCUAGAUCAGCAAUAUCGUCCCAUUCUGGUAAUGUCUGUUGUGGUAAUAGACUUAAAAAUACCGAAUAUAUAACGAUUAAGAAGCCCGUUAAUAUUAAGCUUGUAAAUUGGGAUAGGUUUUGUGAUAGUGAUAAGCCAAGAAAAGGUCUGUUUUUUUGCCAGCAUAUACACUACACCGAGAUCAAUAUUGUUGGGGGCGAUCGAGUGUGGGCUGGUUAUUAUCGUUUUAUCACUAUCAUUCUAGAUCUAUUCCGAGAUAUUACUGUCAAAAAGCUUACAAUCAAAAAUGUUCGUGAGGACCGCGAGAUCGAUAAGUCCUGCCUGUCUAAAUUGGCCAAGCGCAAAGAACGCCGAUACAAUAUGAAAGUUAAUGUUUUGAUACUGGAUAAUGUUGAUGAUUUUGUUGUUCAUUUGGUCUUGGGGCGUUAUAACUUUGUUAAACCGGUAAAAAUGCAUAUACUGAAUUUGGACCACAAUAGCCGUGUUAUUGAUCAACUUCUCUCUCAUCCGAAAGCCCGAAAUAUUUCGAAACUUGUGUUGGGUGACGGUAGUAAGACACAUAGUUGUUGUGGCCUAGGGUGGCUACGUACCAUUUUCAGCCGGUGUACUUCUACCAAGACAUAG